AUGGAGACCAUGGAAACGGGUCUCGCGGCCGUGGAGGAACGGCUGGACGCAACGAAGUUUGCAGCGCCGGAGGCUGCAGGCCAGUCUUCGGUAUCGUGGGCCGACGCAAAUGAGAUGGCGUAUAUUCGGGCUUCCGUGGAAGCAUUGGCACCAGAAGUCUGCCUCCUGUAACGCGCUCUCCCGCGUACACAAGAGAGCGGCACGACGACUUAGGUCAAAUUACUUGAGCCGAAAAUAUUUGCUGGUGCCAGGAAUGCCAAGGAACUCGAAAACUUCCUGUGGGAUCGGGACCCGUAUUUUCGGGCGAUAAAUACGCCCGCCGCGGAGAAGGUCAAGCUGCCGAGCAUGUAUCUCGCCAGCGACGUGAAGCUAUGGUGGUGCACACGAACGGAAGAUCCAGCUCGUCCCCCCAUCCACUCAUGGGAAGACUUUGCUCGCGAGCUUAAGGAGCAGUUCCUCCCCACGAACAGCGCCUGGAUAGCGUGA